AUGUUCGAGCAUAGACAAAGCUCGCAAAAGCCGAGCAUCGAAUUGCAAAAGAGCUUCAAGCCUUACCUCGAGGCCAUCAAGUUCAAUCCCAACAACCCGCCCACCUCGUCGGCCGGCCACGCCAACGCGCCCUCGCUGAACGCUUUGGAUGUCGCAACGCUGAAUCCUCGGCAAUUCGCCGAGCACCACAACAUCAAGGAUGCCGACCCCACUCCUCGAGCUUCCUCGACCGAACAGUGGAACUUUGGCAGCACCGGCCUCACCCCCUCGGUGCUUGACCCAAACAGCUCCUCGUUCAACACCUUCGCAAACCAAAUGCCAGGCUACUACACUCCCACCCCUGGUGGCACAAACACCCUCUACCACCCGCAAGCAGGUGACCUCCACACUCCGGGUUUUGGCUUGGGCUUGAACACUCCCCUCUCCAUGUCCACUUCCGACACAGCGGCACUCCAUGCUCCCCAGCUCACCCACAUGCACUCGUUUGCACAUGCUAUGCAGCAUCACCAUCACAUGAACCCAUUCGGAAACCCUGCUCACCCUUUCCAAAUGCACCACCAGCCUACCUUCCCUCCCCACAACUUCCAGCACCAAGGCCCGCUCUUUGAACAACUCGACAGUCAAGCCGCCGACUCACCAAUGUGUGGUGGUGACAUGAACCUAGACGUCGAAAUGUCCAACCAAACUCAAAUGGAACCCAUGUUUCAGCCUCAGCUCAGCAACGCUGCGCUCGUCGCUCUCCCUCAACACCCCUCGAGCGAGAACUUCCGUUACCGUGUCACUCUCAAUGCUCCGACCGCCAUGGUCAGAUCGGCUGAUGAGAUUCCUAUCACAUACCUCAACAAGGGUCAGGCCUACACACUCAACGUUCACGACACUGCUCCUCAGCACUCUGUUGUCGGCCAACUUAAAUACCGCACCUUCGUCCGCGUCUCAUUCGAAGAAGACUCCCAAAGACAGCGCCCUGGAGCUUGCUGGCAGCUCUGGAAAGAAGGCCGCGGUACUAACGAAGCUCACCAACGUGGCGGCCGUCUACAAGCAGUCGAGUUUGUCGACCAGAACCAAUCAAAUGACCUCAACCGACCCAAGCUGGAACUCGAAUCCUCUUCGUUUGAUGGCUUCUGUGUGACAUGGAGCCCGUCUCCCAACGCACAAGGAAUCGAGUGUCCCAUCUCUGUUCGCUUCAACUUCUUGUCCACCGACUUCAGCCAUUCAAAGGGUGUCAAGGGCAUUCCAGUCCGCCUGUGCACCAAGACCGAGCUCUUGCUUGACUCCAUGUCGCCUUCACAACAACCCGCCCACGAAGUCUGCUACUGCAAAGUCAAGCUAUUCCGCGACCACGGUGCCGAGCGCAAGCUUUCCAACGAUGUCGCCCACGUCAAGAAGCUGAUUGACAAAAUGAAUCAGCAGAUUUCUCAGAUCGAGUCCGGUAUGAGAGAUUCGAGCAAGCGCAAGAGAAGUGGCUCCAUCUCAAAGGUCAACGCUAUCCCUCAAAGACCCGGCAAAGUACCUAAGCACAAGAGAACUUGGUCCAUGUCCUCUACAGCCUCGACUGGAAGAUCUUCCGCCGAAGAAGACCUGCAAAUGAAGCUCAUUGGACUGCAAGACAUGUUUGGCUCCACUCGCCCGAUUAGCGUCUUGUUCUUGCGAGGCGCAGAGGAGGACGACCCCGAUCUUCACCCAGUGAGCCUUUCUGGAGAUUCUCAAGGCCUGACUAGAGUCGAUACUAGCGACACGAACAUGUGGGAUGGUCAAAGUAACAAGGGCAGCUCUGCUAUGGUCUCGCCCACUCCAAGCAACCAAUCGCUACCCUCAAACUUCCGCCGUCCAAGUGCUUUUGGCCCUCCCUCUCGCGUUAACUCGAACGAAUGGGGCCGCAGCAAUUCUCAAGUCGCACCCAUGGACCUGAAGUCUUCUAACCCACAGCACUUGGCCAGUCCACCCGACCAGCCUGUGAAGAUGCAGGCUCACUCACCAACUGGCGGCACUCUCUCCGGCUGGUUCGAAGCAAUUGGUGUCGACUCUGCCUAUCAACCCCCUCCAGAGCGCGCUAACAAGCCUCUGGCUUGUUUCUAUUUGCAACCUCGAGUCCAUGGCAAGGCGGCCGAGGACAACUACUACCGCGCAGUGUAUCUUCUGCAAAGAAACCUCAACGAUUUUGUCAGCGCAGCUGCAGUCAAGUUUGGCAUCGAACCUCAAAAGAUUGUCCGCACGGUCCGCAUCAACCCCAAGGGAAUCCAGAUCUUGAUGGACGAUGAGGCAAUUCGCGAAUUGCCAGAAGGACAAGAUAUGAAGGCCGAAUUCGCACCAGUCGAUGUACAACAAAACCAGUGGCAUUCGAGGCCAAACGCUUCCUCUGGAUACGAGCUCAGGCUGGUCUACUAA